GGAAGUGUGUGGGUUUGUUUUCUUUCCCGUGCUCGCCGGUGAGGAUAUUCCCGGGUUCUUCACGUCUCCCGUGAGGUCGCUUGGUUUGUGGUGGGAAUUGUGAUCGGGAGAGUCUGUUCUGAACGAGGGAAGGCCUCAACAUGUCGGACAACGAGGAUAAUUUCGAUGGAGAUGAUUUUGAUGAUGUGGAAGAAGAUGAAGGACUUGAUGAUCUAGAAAAUGUUGAGGAGGAGGGUCAGGAAAAUGUGGAAAUCUUGCCAUCUGGAGAGCGACAACAGGCAAAUCAGAAGCGGAUCACUACUCCUUACAUGACCAAAUAUGAACGGGCCAGAGUUCUUGGUACCCGUGCCCUCCAGAUAGCGAUGUGUGCUCCAGUAAUGGUAGAGCUUGAAGGAGAAAGAGAUCCCUUGCUGAUUGCAAUGAAAGAACUGAAAUGUGGAGUUUUGGGAGAAAAACUAAUGCUAACUAGACUCUGAAGAAACAUUCCUGCUGGAAUAUCCAGAUUUGCUCCCAAUGUAAACUGUGGCAAAAUUCUUUUAUAAUUCUACUUUAGACUUAUCCCAGAUCUGAGCUGAUUUUUCCAGUGAGCUUGUGGAAUUAGGGCAAAGGCUGCAGACAGUCCUAGGACUUCAGCUUACCUAUUCUUGUCCCCCCCUCCCCCCGUUGCCAUUUUAUAUAUACGUUAACACUGAUAUAUGCAAAUGAAAUUUAUAUUUGGAAAUAUAAAUGAUUUUUUUUAAAAAAAGGAGUAGUUUCAGAAAUAAUGUGAAAUGGAAGUUAACAGAAUACAACAACUGUCAACCAACAAAGGCACUGAAACCACAAGGAAUCUGUCGUGUUUGCUGACAGCAACUAUGCCAAUAAUAGGUUAAUCUGCAGAGUUAUAACUUACAAAUCUCCUUGGCCUCCCCACUCCCUCUGGCGUUUAAUCACGUUUGUGUGAUGAAAUUUCAGUAAUGAAAUGUUUCUUUGUGUGAUCAUUUUGGCAUCCACAAUGGAGCGCAGGUGUUGUUCCCCUGGUCCUCUUUUUAAAAAAAAAAAAAAAAAAAAAAAAA